CUGUCCGCUCCUGUACUGCGCGGCUCAACGUCGCAGAGACGGACACAGGGGCAGAGAGGGGCGGUGUAUGGUGAGCCGCAUCAGCCCUGUCGCUGCGUGCAAAACAAACCGUCCGUGUGUCAACAGAGAACCCUGCCGGCGUCUCUCCUACGGGGGUGGAUUUACGGUUGCGGCGGCUGCAGCUGAAGGAGGUAGACUAGAGCUGGUAGAGCCACUGCAGCAGAACGGUCAGGAGCGGAGGAUUGAGCCAGCGGAGGCUGGCAGGGAGGCACAUGAACCCCGGCUGAGCACCGGGACCCCGCCCGCUCGGCCGCAGCGUCCACCGCAACGCUGGAGCUCUCCGACGGUCACAGCUGUCAUCCAGGGCUCCUGUCCCGCUCUGUGCUCCCUGAAUCAUUCAGAGUCUCUCUGCACCAAAGGCACCCGCAACGGAUGUGAUCCCUCACCGGCUUCUCACUACUCAACACGGGCAAUUGAGUUGUAGAGAUGCCAAGUAAGGAGAUGAGGGAAGACCCAUCUGGUGAAGAGUGAAUGAAAGACAAAUGGAGUAAAGGAAACAAAAAAAAGAAGAAGAGCAAAAGAAGAGCAGGAGGCAAAGAAGGAGAGGAACAAAUCUGACAGAGGAGAUUUGAAAGGAAACCAAAGGAGGAGAAAAGGGAUAGUGGGCAAGAUGUGAAGACCUUCAUGAAAGAGGAGAGACAAAGGACCGAGGAUUAAAUCUGAAGGACAGGAAGCCACACGGGACCAAGAAGCCGGGAGCUUUGGAACGGUAGGAAGAGAAAGCGAGGGACUGGUGGAGGAAGGGGAGGGAGAGAAAACAUCUGGAUGGUCUCCACAGCGACGGCCAGCAGGUUACCCCCCCUCCGAAGAUGGCCUCCAACUUCAACGACAUCGUCAAGCAGGGCUACGUGCGCAUGCGCAGCCGCAAGCUGGGGAUCUAUCGGCGUUGCUGGCUGGUUUUCAAGAAGUCAUCCAGCAAAGGACCUCGACGUCUGGAGAAAUACCCUGAUGAGAAGUCUGCCUACAUCAGAGCCUUUCCUAAGGUGACAGAGAUUAGCAACGUCAAGAACAUCACACGGCUGCCCCGGGAUACCAAGCGACAGGCCGUGGCCAUUGUGUUUACAGACGACACGUCUCGCACCUUCACCUGUGAAUCAGAGCUAGAAGCGGAGGACUGGUUUAAGACGCUGUCCAUUGAGUGCCUGGGCACACGGCUCAAUGACAUCAGCAUGGGAGAGCCGGAUCUCCUGGCUGCUGGAGUGCAGUGUGAACACACAGAGCGCUUCAACGUGUUCCUCCUCCCCUGUCCCAACCUGGACAUCUAUGGGGAGUGCAUGAUGCAGAUCACCCACGAGAACAUUUACCUGUGGGACAUUCACAACCCUCGCACCAAGCUGGUCACCUGGCCGCUCUGCUCCCUGCGGCGCUACGGACGGGACGCCACCCGCUUCACCUUCGAAGCCGGCCGGAUGUGUGACAGCGGUGAAGGCCUCUACACCUUCCAGACCAGGGAGGGAGAGCAGAUCUACCAGAGGGUUCACUCCUCCACGCUGGCCAUCGCCGAGCAACACAAGAAGGUCCUGCUGGAGAUGGAGAAAAACAGCAGGUUGAUGUCUAUGGGUUCAGAGCCUGGUUCCUACCCCUGCACCCCAACCGCCAUCCUGCCCCGAUCCGUCUACUGGCACCACAUCACUGGCAACCAGAGCGGCAUGGAUCCUGGAGACGCUGCCGAGGACGACCUGCUGUCCACCCGCCUACCUCCGGACCACCAUGCCACGCUGCCCCUGGCAAACACACAUGCACAGUCCCAGCCGCACAUACCCACACACUCCCCGACACACUACCCCACCUACCCUCGGCAGUGACACACACACACACACACACACACACAAACACAGAAGAAGAUGUGGACUUCGAGGAACACACGCAUGCCCACAUGCAUGCAGGCACACACACAAUUCACACACACUGAAACACGCUGUUUCUCCUUCUAUUAGUUUUACAGCCCAACGUUACACCUCACAGGAGAUGUUGUAGGCGGGGGCUAACACUGGGCAAAAGACAAUGCUGAGGCAGGAAGUGAAAACUAAAUACAACAAAAGACUGCAGGGAGAUUGGUCUUCCUUAUAGGACUGCAGCUCUUACAAUUCCACAGUAGACGGGGAAUAUUUGACGUUUUUUCCAUUCUCAGGGUAAGAAACUCUGGCAGAUUGGCAUAUAUGGCUCUCAGUAUGCUUUAAACCACCUAGGAUGUAUGAUGUGUUGUCCAACCAAGUCAGAGUGUUUCCACCUGUUCCGAAGGGACACUCGAGGGCGGGGUGAAAAGCCUUGAAGAGCAAUUCGGAGGGAUUUUCUUUAAUUUUUUUAGUGAAUUUAUACAACAGUUUUUAUGAUUUAAAUAGUAAAUCUCUGGUAGUACACGAUACAGCUGAUCGUCCUGCGACACUUAAGUUAAGGAACCAAAAUUACUUUGUGAGAUUGGAAAAAAGAUUGUGGUUUGGGGUUAAAACAAAGUGCAUACAGUAAUAAAUAUGUGGAAUACAUUCGAAUUAGAGUGCUUUACUUUCCAUUACUGCAGUAUAUGUACGAAUUGUACAGAUAGUAUAUAUAGAGAACAGCCUGCCUAACACCACAACUCAACUUCAAUAUAUAUAGGUAUAUAAUAUUCAUCAAUAUGUAUUUUUAACCUCAUUAGUGUCAAAACUAGCACUGUGAUCCAUAUUUAUAUUUAUUAUUAUUUACUAUUGUUAAAGCUCGGCUGCUCUCCCUUAUGUAUACAUACAAUGUAUACAUAAGGGUUACAUAUAAUUUCUGUGAUUUGAGGAAGACAUGAAAAUUGAUGUCACUGUAGUGUAAGUAGCUUUUUUUUAUUUUUUUAUUUUAUGAAUUCAUAAAUUCCUUUUAGGGAGACAGAGAGACGUGUGUAAUUUGGUCCUAAUCAUAGAAAAAAUAGGACUUUUCUUACAAAACAUUUAAAUAUAUCCAUUGUUGGAAACAUUACUUUCAAUAUAUGUUGAAUUUUGGUCAGUUUUUAUGAUUGAAACCUAACGCAAUGAAUUCUUUUGAGGGGAAACUGUCCAAAAAUGACUGUAGAUAUCAUAUUUUGUAUCAUUCACUGCGUCAAGACUUCAAGACAGGAUUUUCACCCGACCUUCGAAUGUAAAAAAUGGAACCGGUACAAACACUUUUGCCAUGUGUUUUCGACAACACAUCAUAUAACCUAGUUCUUUAAGGCCUAUUAAAGCCUUUAUUCAUUUUCAUAUUACAUCCUUCGGGAUGAAUAAAGUAUCUAUCUAUCUAUCUUUAGACAAAUCCAUCGUGUUACCACGCUACCGGGAUAGAUUUGGUAGAGUUUUAGUGAGAAAUCUGUAAAAUGCCAAAUUUUUGGUCAAAUCUCCUCUGUUUUUUAUGGUGUGUAUACAGUAGGAUUAUUAAUGUUGGUGUUGUAGCUUGAGUUUCUCACCCCAAGAGUGAAACAAUUUCCCAAUGGCCGCCAUGGGAUGACGUCAAUACAGGCCCAGUGUGUUCCAUGUAAUGCUGCUUGGACUGGGACUGCAUGGUGCCUUAAUAGCACCACAUGGACUGUGCUAUCAUUGCAAAUACACUGAUAUCUAGGAUUCCCUUGUGGAAAGUUCCCGCUGUUCCAGCAGUGACUUGUCCGAAGAACACUUGAUUAAUAACUUUAUGUCCGCGACUGGAUCGAUGCCUUCGAUUUUGCUGAUAACUGAUGAGACUUUGCAGUUUCUGGAUCUGUUCGCUGUGCUGAGGUUCUGAACCUUGGAAUGAAACUAGGAUCAGAUUCAUUUUUUUAACGGAUUGGCUCCUGUACUAAACUGGAUAUUCACCCUUAGAGCUUCAGACAUUCUCUGACAUGCAUCCUAUUACGCCUCCUAGCUUCACGCUUCUAUUGAGCUAGAUUUGCACAACCCUGUUAUUUUCUUCAAUUAUUCAUGGCUCAGAAGUGGAAUAGGGACUUACAGUGUAGAGGUUGAUGAUACGUUUAGAUUGAACCUGCCAAUGAUAGAUAUUCUUUACACUUUCAAUUACUUUCUUUCCAGAUUAUUUAUUUCUAACUAGAGCGACCAAACCCUAAACAUUGAAAUGGGAAACUCUCUACUGAAACACAGGAGAAUGGUAAGAAAACAUGUUCAAAUAUUGGCAUUCACAGACUUUUUAAAGGGCAGGGGUGGGAAUGAUCUCUUUCUCCCACAGGGUUAGGGUUCAUUUCCGCCCUUAGGUCAGAGCGGAACUCGAACUAGAGCGGCAUAGGGCUCACUGAAGGGGCACAGGGAGGAACAUGGGAUGCCCGCAGGGGCACUCAAGGUGCAUCAAUUUGCAUACAUGAUAUGUGACAUCAAGUGUGGAAUUGUCCCAUUGGGCUACAGACAUAUCAUGGUUGUUAAAUCACGUUUUCUUUCCCCAAAGGUCACAUGUGAGCACUUGAGCAUAAUACAGGAAUAUUUGGACCCACUUUAAGGGCUCUUACCCAACCACAGGGGCACUUUGGCUGACCAAUGGGCACUUGGACCACUCAAGUCCCCUAUGGUGUGACUAGAGCAGUCCUGCUAUUAUAACAGUAGUGUAAUCAGCAGGUAGUGUCACAAUCUGUUCUGUAAGGGUUUCUUCAGCUUCCUAUACACGGCCUACAGUACUGCAAACCCUUUUGUUGCUUCCACUCAGUCAAACUAUUAUGGGGGGACAGUUGGUCUUAAAGGAUAAUUGUAGUUUAUUACAACUUGGAUCUGAUUUGUAUAAUGUUGUGGCCAUCAUUUUUGUCAUUAAUCAUACCAUUGUGCUCACAAGUUAAAUAAUGAGAUCUGGGAACACAGCAACAUUGCUCAAAAGAAGGUGGACGGGACAACAACACGAGAAGUCAGACGUUCAGACAGGCCUUUUACAAACCCCAAGGUUAGCCCAACUUAUGUGGGAAGACAAAAAUGAAGAUUCACAUUAAAAAUAGUAUCUAUAGUGUUUAAUCUUGCACUUCAGAGUUCUGCUAUGUGACCUGAACCCAUCCAGUCCUGACACAGUAUCAGGUUUUAGGUCGGUUUGGAGCCUUAAGUUGCAUGAAGCUUGGGUCUUGGGUCUGGUCUGGCUUGGAUCAUUCUCAUAUGAAAUGUAUUUAAAUAUUUAUUAUAAAUUGCCUCUCCCUCUUUCUCUCUUUCUCUCUUUCUCUCGCUCUGACAGUCUGCUUUCACAUGUGUCAUGUGUUUUACAGGAGGGUCCAUCCAGGUCAGGUAUGAGAGACACUGGUAAGAGCUGGGUUCUGGUCUCAGUUUUAGGCCCGAGCAGAACCCUACUAUAGUAUAACUAUAGUGUUCCUGGUGAAUCAGGAAUUAUAAGCAACAAUUCAGCUGGCCUUGCUUUGAACUGGUUAAACUGUUGGCUUGUUAACUACCGGUCUGAUCAUCUAAAUGCAAGGUUGCUGUUGUUGUUGUGUCUCGAAAUCUCAUUAAUGGAUUUAAUGCGUACAAGAUUCCAUGAUAAAAUUUGCAAAAUGAAGGGUUGAUUUGCAAAAACGGCUAUCUUUCCUUCUCACUCUCUAUCAUUUUUAAUUUUCAUGAACCAUGAUUUUUUUUACUGUGCACUCAAAGAAAUAUCAAUCAAACGGGUGUUGGUUUAUUCAUUUUAAGAACGGCUUGGUUAUGUUGUUGCAAAUUAACUCUUCAUCUGUAAAAAACAACAUUGUCUUACAAUAAUGUUGUCAUUUACAAGGGGGCAUUAGCGUCUUUGAAGGCCAAAGUCUUCCCAUCAAUGCAGUGUUGAUCAACUCUGUUAAUGUCAAAGUGUAUCAUAGUUAAAGCUAUAGUGCGUAGUUUCUGCCGCCCCAGCAAAACUGUCCUCCAUCUUUCCAUCUUCUGAUCAUGGCCAUAGUGUAAAAUAGACAGAGAGUUGUGUGGAGCUUUGUAUCCACUCAUUUGGCGAUGGCUUGAAUGUAACGGACGUUCUUCCAUUUUAAAAAGUUACGCACUAAAGCUUAAAGAGAGGUUACUGAAACAGAUCUCCAGUACAUCUGACCCUUGUAUUGGUGAAACAUCUGUAUCUGCCGACAUUUUCAGCAUGAAUGAUUCUUAGGAUCAUUUAUUCUAGUCCAACAGUCUAAACAGUCUAACAUUGUACACUUAAAUUUCCCUCCUGCCAACCCUGCUAAUCCCAAAGCUGUUCUAAGGAGGCUGCCAAAGGAGAAAGACAGAAAAGAAGAACCGGUUGUUUUCAUCAGGGCAGAUUGCUGCCUUUGCCUUCUAUUACAAUUUGUCAUGACCUAGAUAUUUAUUUUGUCUAGACGUGAUUUCCUCAGAUUGCUGUCUUUUUGAUUCUCUCAUAAGGGUUUAGGAGUGGUAAUAUGACUAAUGUGAAUAAGUGGAGAAUUCACCACAGCAAUGUGACGUCUAGGAACUGUGGAAGAAGAUUAGGACCAAUGUGAAAAAUGAAUUUGGUGUUUGGACUUUAAAGUCAGAAUUCUGAGAAUACGGUCAGACUUUAUUCUCAGAAUUCUGAUUUCCACUUUCACAAUUCAAUCCCAGUUGUCUUUUCAAACUCUGAACUCAAACACAUUUUUCACAUUCCCUUAUCCUCUUUUGUAGGAAACACACCGACCACCUUGACACCAUCGUGAAAUGCAUCAUGUCUAGAUUGCGUCUCGAUCUGAUAUCGCUUGAUUAUAAUGCUGGAAGCCUUGUACAACUCCCAUUUUAUGGUUUAUGUUUUUUUUUCCUCAUUUGAAGUCCUUUUAAAAUGACAGGGCUAUGUUUGUUGGUUUUUUACAUGAUGUAAGUUGUGUACUUUGUGUAGCUGUGUUUUGUGUUCUUGCAAACUGUAUAACUUGAGUUUUGUACAUAUUGCUAUUUAUUUCAUAUAGGAAUGUGUGUGGGUGUGCGUGUGAGAGAGAAAGAGAGUGAGAGAAAGAGCACGACAUGAGGGAAUAUUGCAACAUGUUUUCAUUUAAAAUGCCGGCACCACUUUUUUUGUACCAUGUAAUGUUGAACAAGCAGAUGACAGCCGGUCUGCACUUUGUCGGCGUGUCUCUUCAAACAUAAAUCUGCACCUGAGUGAACAACAAACGUCUUUACCAUCCUGUUUUCUGCGGCGUCCCCUCUCACAGCAUGGAUCUUUUUUGGCCUUGGAUCAACCACAAUCACAUGACGUGCUGCUGUUUCCCUUUGGUUGUUCUGUCAAGAAACUGUAGCAUACCGCAGAGGGGUGUUUUUAUGAAGAAGGCUCACAAAAGCAGAGCGUAUUGUGAAAAGUCCUGUAUUGAAUGAGCUCAACAAACUGGUUAAGCCAAACCAGAAGUUCAGCUAGCUCGAGUCUGGAUCGGUCUGGAAUGAGGAGCAGCUCGUUUGAUAGGUUAAACUUUAAUAGAUUAAACCGAACACAUCUUCAUUUUUUAAGAAUGACUUUAGUGCCUAACUCUAAGUCUUCCAGAGUCGCGGGCAUAGCCGAUUUCGAAAGACAGCCAUUCACCAGCAGCAGCGGCCAUCUUCUUUGUUUUCAAGUAGCAGGGAACUCUACCAUCCUUAUGUUAAGCCCGCCCACCGACUCUAUACACAAUGUGAUUGGCCUGACCAGAAUUUGGUUUUUCCAGCUCCCGAGCCAGCAGAGAGUUGCUAGACUGACCCUAACUGCAGAUUACAUUGGCUGCUGCUAGGAUGCGUCUAGAUUUCUAGGCUAAUUAGGAAGAACAGUUCAGUUGAAUAAUUCUACAGUACUUGGUUUGUACAUGUGACAUAAAAAAGCAUUUUAUAUGCUGAAAGUUGUAAUACCUUCACACUGGUCUGUCUCCAGUAUUUUUGAUAGCAGGGUUUCGGAUAUCUGUUUUAUUCCUUUAACUUGCAUGAGAGAAUUUUUUUUUUUUUAAAAGCUACAAACGUGGGUCGAACACAUAACCUUCCAUUUCAUUUAAAUUCUUAGGAUGGCCUAAAGCAAAGCAAGGAUUAAAAUCUAAGACUAAGUGUACAGCAAGGACUUUAAGCGACUUGCUAAUGUCAGUAUCAUAGACUGUAAAAAGUAACAGUCUAUCGUCAGCAUGCCAUGAAGCUCACAAUAACAAUAGUAACCUGUUGAUGUUGGACAAGAAUUGAUUUCCAUUUUUACUUUUUUAGUUUAGCAUGUAAGCAUGCUAACAUUUGCUGACCGGCACUAAAGUCAAAGCACAGCUGAGGCUGAUUGCAGAGAUCUGGACAUGAACCGAAAUAUUAGAUACGUUUACGUGUUGACCCGAAGGUGGCGCUGACAAGUUAGAGGAUGACCUCCUGUAUAACAGCAUAAACAUAUCUUCCAAAUUUCAGUGCAAUCCCUCCAAUAGUUUUUAAGACAUUUUACUCUGAACCACAAAUGUCAACCUGCUAGUUACCUGGGAACUAUGAAUGUCUGAAGCACAUUUUGUGCCAGUCCAUCCAGUAGAUUUAGAGCUAUUUAACUGAAAAAGUGAAAAUGUGACCUGCUUUUUUUUGCAUCAAGGCUAGGGGACUACAGAUGAAAAAUAGCCUUUUGGCUAAUUCAGAAUUCAGAAUUAGUAAUUCUGCCAUUUUUAAGCCAUGUAUAAUCAUGCUUUUUUCAUUUUCCCCAUCUCCUUCUUAAAUAAACUGAUUGAAUUGAAUUUGGGGGCAGUAAUGGAAAGUCAGAGGAUCACCAGAGGUGAAAAGUAACAAUUUACAAUUACUCACAUUACGGUUAUUAAGUUCUUUUUUUAAGUGUUUUACCAUCUGUACUUUCACUUUCACGUAAGUAUAUUUUGUUUGAAGUAUUGUACUUUGCUACAUUUUAAAUCACAUCAGUUACUGAGUAAAA